AUGUCUCAUAACGAUGCGGACACGACGGAUGCUCCACCACGCAAGAAAAUACGCAAGGCUUUGUCCCUCAAAAAAUCUGAUUCCUCCCCUCAUGUGGUAGCGUCAACUCCUCGUUUGUUUGCUCCUUUUCGAGCUCUUGGUCUUAUAACCAACCACAUACCACUCUUUAUACAAACGCGCUCGCACAAGGGUGCGACAGACGGCCCGCGGAUACAUAUAUUGACAUGUUUGGGAAAAUCGUGGGCCAUGUGGGAAGGUGGAAAGAUGGGUCUGUUAUUCGUCGGUCCUGAAGCAGAAUCUCCCAUAUCAAGUAUGGCUAUGGAUGAUGAUUCUGUUUGGGUUGCGUCUGGUUCGCAUGUUAUCAAAUAUAUUCGCGGAAAAGAGGCUGCACGACUCACCAAUCCUAUGGGUACUUUACUCGUAUCUAUUCUUAUUUUUGGAACGCAGCUGCUGGCGCUCACAGAAGAUGGUGCAAAAAUGCUUAUAUGGGAUAUCGCAAAAGCAGAUGCUGAAAUCAUAGCUGUCAUUCAGUUUGAUAACGGCUUCACUGCAACCUCUGUCUUGCAUCCGGUUACAUAUCUCAACAAGGUAUUAGUCGCCAGUAGCGAGGGUGAUUUGCAGCUAUGGAAUAUCCGUACACAGUCCAAAUUGCUGACUUCUCCGACUCAAUCGUCUGAAAAUGUUCCUCCUAAUCCUAUAACAGCAUUGACACAAUCCCCUGCUAUUGAUGUCGUCGGUAUUGGUUUCAUCUCGGGGGAAAUUUCCGUAUACGAUGUCAGAGCAGAUGAACGGCUAAUGAGAAUGUACAUGGAAGGUGGCGGUAUCAAAGCUUUAGGGUUCAGGAGUGAUGGCCACCCCAUCCUUGCUUCUGCCUCAUCAGCUGGUCACAUAGCACUUUGGGAUCUGAAUUCCGGAGGGCGCUUACUCCAUCUAUUACGAGGAGCGCACGACGGUGCUGUAAGUGCCGUAGAAUGGGUACCUGGUCAACCAGUGUUGAUCAGUUCAGGCGAAGAUAACAGCGUCAAGCAAUGGUUAUUUGAUUCACCAACAGCAGCGCCUAGACUACUCAAAUUUCGCUCGGGCCAUCAAGCGCCUCCACAUCUGAUACGAUAUUACGGUGACGAUGGUAAACAACUAUUGACUGCCUCGACUGAUCGCAGUCUGAGGUAUACGUCAGUGGUACGCGAUUCGCGGUCAUUUGAGAUGUCUCAAGGAUCGCUCGUAAAGAAAGCCACUGUGUUGUCAAAGCCUCUUGCUUCAUUGAAAUUUCAUCCCAUCACUGCUAUUUCUACGUCUUCCACACGCUCCAAGGACUGGGAUGACGUUAUAACAGCACAUGCAGAGGAUCCCUUCAUCCGGUCUUGGACUGUACUUGGGAAAAAACUGGGAAAACACACACUGAGCCAUGUGGAUGGCCUGAAAAGAAAGAUGUCGCCUGGUAAUGUCAAGUCUGUUUGUGUAACAGCAUGCGGUAAUUUUGGCAUAGCAGGAUCGGCAACGGGUGAAAUACACAUGUGGAAUAUGCAAUCAGGACUCAAAAGAAAGAGCUUUAAGGUCGGCCCUUGCCCACUGGCUGCCUCUGAAAAACUGCAGUCGAAAAAUGCCAAACCGAGCGAACGUAGCAUCACUGGUUUGGCCUGUGAUUCUUUGAAUCGCUCAGUGAUAGCUAGCACUUCAGAUGGCACUAUCAACUUUUUUGACUUCCACACAACAAACUUAGAACACACCGUAAAUGUAUCUUCGCCAAUAUCAUCAACAACAUUACAACGUGACAGUGGUUUGCUGGCUGUCAUCUGUGAAGAUUAUGUCGUUCGAAUCUUGGACAUCGAGACACGAAGAACUGUCAGAGAACUUGCUUGCGGUUCGACUGGACGAAUACUUGAUAUCACGUUUUCUCCAGAUUCAAGAUGGUUAGUGGUGACCUCCAUGGACUCUAUCAUCCGAACCUUUGAUAUACCUACUGGACGUCUCAUUGACGCCUUUCGUACACCGAGUGUGGCAACGAGUAUUGAUUUUUCACCGACCAAUGACUUUUUGGCCACGUCUCAUGUGGAUAGUGUAGGAAUAUUUUUAUGGGCGAACCGAGCUCAGUAUUCUGAAGUGUCUUUCAAGUCGAUAUCCGAGAGUGAUGUCGCGGAAGCAUCUCUCCCUUCAAUGCAAGGUGUUGCCGAAGACGAAGCGCUUGAAGGAUUGUCGGCGCUCACCGUGGAAGACAAGCCAAUAGAUAGUUUUGUCACACCUCCACAGUUGGAUGGAGACCUUGUGACAUUAACACUGCUACCUCGAUCACGGUGGCAAACCUUGCUCAACCUGGAAAUUAUCAUUCAACGCAACAAACCAAAAGAGCCGCCAAAAAAGCCUGAACAGGCUCCUUUCUUCUUACCCACGCUUCCAGGCGUAGAACCUCGGUUCGCGCUCGAAGAAAAGGAGAAAGAAAAAAAUGAUCAACGCACAAGAAGAUUAGACAAGAUUGCAGCGGAAACAGACAGUAUCUUCCGGGAAAAGCUAUCCGGCAUUCGUACAGAUGCAGACCACGAUGCCUUCUUCGACUAUGUCAAAAUACUUUCGCCUGCUGCUAUCGAUCUUGAAAUCCGUUCCUUGGUCACGUUGGAUAGCUUUCGACAAUUCCUACAGGCCUUGACGCGUCGUUUGCUCUCCCAUCGAGACUUUGAAGCUGUCCAGGCCUUCCUGAGUGUCUUUCUACGUCUUCACGGCGAUGUUAUUAUCGAAAACAUCGAAAUACAGGAGGAGCUGGAGGCAUUACUUGAGGUUCAGCGGAAAGAAAGUGACCGAGUCCUAGAGCUCCUUGCUUCUUCACUUGGGACUUUGGGAUUCGUCAGAGAUACUCUAUAAAGCAAUCUAUGAUAGUGUCAAUAUAUAUGUUUCACUGA